AUGUCUAAUCAAUCCAAAAAGGAUGAAGACAUUCAAAAAGAAUCCGUCAAUGCUCAUCACAAUCGCAAUGCAGAGCAAAUCACUGGACACGCUCCUUUUCAUCAAACCAAACGAAUUCAAAUUCAGUCCGAGCCGCAGUCCGAAAUAGUGCCCAGCAUGAUGACCACGAUCGAGUCAAUGAAGACGGACGAUGAACUGAGUCAAACGGUCGAGCUCGUAGAGUGCGGCAAGGCCGAAAACACUCCGAAGAUAGAAAGUUUCGUGAUAAACACGCCGAAUUCUGUCAACCCGGGCACCUCCGGAAACCUUCAGAAUAGCCAGACAACGUUCCAAUUUCAGCAAACUGCAUCCGGCCACGAAAUCACGUAUAUCGAUGAGAAUGAUGGAACGCAUAUUGGUGAGAACGACGAAGACGGUAUCGAACUGAUCACAUCUGAGGAAUGUGAACCGCCCACCAAGACUCGUGUUCUAGACGCAUCUAGCCAGAAUAUCACUUUUCAAACAGUGUCGAAUUCUUCCAACCAGAAGUUCAUACAAAUUCCUCAAACUAAUCAGACGCAGCAGAUACUCCAGAUUCAAAAUGGAGAUGGGCAAACAAGUCAGAUCAUGAUCAUCCCGCAGAACAGUAUUUUUGUAAUUCCUCAGCAAGGUGGUCAAAAUGGCGGUCAACAAAUUCUUCUUCUUCAAAGUCCACAGGCGAACCAGACGACAACUUCUAACCCCGUCAGCCCGAGUCAGAAAGUUAAAGUUGUGAAAGUUUCUGAGAAUUCGAGCUCGAUAAAUCUGGUGGAAGAUGCUGCUGGAAUUGCGGGAAUAAAACCGACACAGACGACGCUCAUUCCACCUGGUCAGCGUGUCGAGUUCAAUAAGGAAGUGUCGACUGCUCAUAUCUAUCCAAGUCCCUUCUCUCAGGUUCCGCAUGAAGAUCGACCCCAUUCCUGCUCCUUCUGUUACAAACGAUUUGCUCGAGCAGAUGAAUGUAAACGUCACGAAAGAAUUCACACAGAUACGCGCCCUUUUGCUUGCCAAUACUGUACGAGGAAAUUCACGCGAAAGGACCAUCUGAGGACACAUACACGAUGCCACACGAAAGAAAAGCCUUAUGUCUGUCCCAUAUGCAACCGUGGAUUUGCUAGAAGUGAUGAACGCAUAAGGCACGCGAAGACGCACGUCAAAAAAGGCGACGGAACUCUUGAGGAAAUCAAGAAAGCCAUGCCAAAACCAAAGUUCGACACUAACAAAAACCACACUUCUUCUCCUUCGAAUCACAGCCCGGUACAACAGCAAUCACCACAGAACUCCCACCAGACGCCGCACCUAGUCCUAAAUCAAAUCAAUGGGACAGUAUCCGUUGCUGGCAGCACUGGACAGGAGAGCGCAAGGCAAAUCCUAACGAAUGCAAAUGGUCAAGCGAUCGAGCUGAAACUCCAAUCGCCGAUGGACGAUUUGGGACUUUCAAAUGCGAUCUCAAAGCAAAUUCCCAUCAAAGUUAUUCAAACUGUUCCGCUGCAAUCGGUCCAAACAACGGACGCAUCUGGUCAACAAACAGUCGUCCGCGAAGUGACCAUAAAUGACUCGUAA